AAUAUAUUAUCUGGGUAUAGGAUUGUAGUGCAUCAAGCCGUCAUCGUCAACCAGUGGCGGGAAGUGAAAGUAAACAGACUAUCCAAUCUUGCUCAGCCAUGCCUCUCAUUCAAGUGAAGCACGUCAUUUCCUUCACGUCUCAGGACCCCAAGCACACUGUGAAGGACCUGGUGGAGGGGCGAGGGCCAUGGCUUAACCUAAAAGGUGACAAAUCCAGCAACCUUCAAGCAGACCUGCAACUCGAGAAGGCAACAAAAAUAUCAUACAUAGACAUUGGGAAUGCAGGCAGUGUGAUGAUUGGUGUGGAGGUUGGACGCUCAGCCUGGCCCAUCAGCAGACCUUAUGUGACCCUCAUUCCCACGGUGACCUUCAUGACACGUGCAGAAGUGACCAGCGGACAGAAUAGGAGCUCUGUUCGGAUGUUCAAGCCAGAAAAUAUGGAUGAGGUGACCCGGAAUGAAGAAUGGGACAGGGUGAGAAUUUUGUGCCUGCAGCCUUUCACAAGCCCCAGCCAGUUUGGAAUUUCCAUGCUCAAAAUGUACUCAGAGUCUGAGGUAACUCUGAAACCACAGGUGGACCUCAGUCCUGGAGUAACAUUGAACAAAAAGAGUGAACUCUUGGCCAAGCUGAGGCUCUCUAACCCUGAGAAGUCAGGACUCUCAGACAGAAUUAAGCUGAUAGAGGCAAGUCAGCUUCCUGAUGGAAGAACAGAAAUAACCAAGAACCACCAUCCCAACAGUCCCUUGUCUCGUGGUGCCCAGCUGCUGACCCGUGCUGCCAAGAUACCAACUCAUCAAGAAAGUUUGAUAAAGAAGUCUGACCUGGAAUGUGAAAGCCUGAGAUAUUUGAUGUCCUUAAACUUGUCUGUCUCUGAUAUUGACCAUCUGUCCAUCAAAGAUAUACGUCAGAAUUUUGAAAAGAAAAGACAGAAACAAUUGACUUUUGCUGAGAUAAAGAUCUUCAGAGACAUUGCUGUUGAUUAUGCUGCAAGACGGUUGGAGAUCUUGGAGAAUCAGGACACAGCAGGUCACUUAGCAGCACGGGGAGUCAGGACAACAGAAGUACCAGUGAAAGCACUUCAACAAAAAAGAAAACUGGAAAACUCCGAUGAAAGUAAAAUGAAUAAACAACUUAACAAUGGCUGUACAUCAAAAUGUAAGAAUAAUGUGACAGUGCAAGAAAAUGAGUCACUGAAGAGAGGAAAUGAGGAAAAGGAAGUUGAUUCACCAUUAAGAAAAUAUAAAUUUGGACAAUAUAAAAAUGUAGUAAAGCACUCAACUAUCAAAGAUCAGGAAAUAGACAUGGAAAAAACUCAGAUUUCCAAAUAUUUAAAGAAUUCCACAACUCCAGACAAAGAGAAAGAAGGCAGCUUUAAAUCUAGAAAUGCAUUGGCACUAUUAGAUGCACGUGUAACUGUUAUAUCACCCAAGAGGCUCAAAAAGAAGAAACUGAGGAAAGCAGUCACUAAACAGGUGGAGCAACAGUCACUCAUUGGACAGUGGAUCACUCCAACAAACAAGAUGAAGGUGAAGAAGGAAAACAAAGAAUUCCAGCAUUCAUCCCAACCCGAUCUUUAUUCUGACAGUGAUAACAGUGAUAUUGAAUGUGUUGGUGAAGAAGAAUCAGGUCUGGCCUCCACCCUCAAAGGCCGAAAUUCCAGGAAAGGCUCUAGUAGCUUCUCCCUCCACAAAUCCUCCUUGUCUGCCUCAGGAGCAUUCAGGGACACACCGAAGGGGAACCGUCUGGGGUCAGCACCCACCAACAAGUUUAAUGUGAUGGCGAGAGGACUGAGGGAGUCAACUUUAUUACAUCAAAAGCAGUCGCUUGUAGACUGUCCCAUGUGUUCCAAAUCAUUCCCUGCAAGAGAAAUAGAGGAUCAUGCAGCAUCAUGUGGUGUGACUGUGUCAUCAGACACUGAUAGUGGUGAUGAUGACAUUUUAUCUAGCAGCACAACACAGGCAUGUACGAGUGGAUUGGUGGAAGAGUGCCCUGUGUGUGGGGUGCAGAUGGCUGUGGCAACACUGGUAGCACAUGCCACACAAUGUGCUUCCAGUAUGUUUGACUGAUAACACUCUUCAAGUAUUUUUCUCUUGGUCGCCUGUCUCUAUAUGCUAUCAUCACUGUCAUUACCACCACCACCACCACCACCACCACCAUCAUCAUCAUCAUCAUGGUUUUGAAUAGCAGGGUUCAGAUUUACAUUGGUCAGUCAUUGUUACCUGAUGGCAGUUCAUUAUGGUAUAUUCUCUCUCUCUCUCUCUCUCUCUCUCUCUCUCUCUCUCUCUCUCUCUCUCUCUCUCUCUCUCUCUCUCUCUCUCUCUCUCUCUCUCUCUCUCUCUCUCUCUCUCUCUCUCUCUCUCUCUCUCUCUCUCUCUCUCUCUCCUCUCCUCUCCUCUCUCUCUCUCUCUCUCUCUCUCUCUCUCUCUCUCUCUCUCUCUCUCUCUCUCUCUCUCUCUCUCUCUCUCUCUCUCUCUCUCUCUCUCUCUCUUCUUUCUUGUUGGACCAUCUCCCACACAGUGACAUUUACAUUUGUUUUACCUUGAUUGUUUGCACUGGUGUGAAAGAUGCCCAGCAACUGUGGAUUUGAGAUCAGAGUGCAUCGAUGAAGUGAUCAGGACAUUGAGCCCAGAGAGGAGAUUCUGUGGAGGGAUCUAGAAGCUGUCUUGUUAUGGCACAGCUUGACAGGAUGUCAUUGAAUGCCUGAGGUUGAUUGAAGCAAGGAACCUGCCUUUUAGAAAGAUGAUGAUGAAGUUUACAUUAAUAAUAAAUUGUACCUUAAA